AUGGAGAAAUGCACUUACUACAACGGCGACCCCAUUCCUUAUAACUUCCAAUCGGCGGGUGGUUCUUGGGUGAAAAUGCCCGAUGUAGAAGAAUUGUUUGACAAGUAUCCUGGUAUGACGGUUAAUCUUUACCAUGUCACCGUCCAAGGCAAAGUCAAAGGAGUCCAUGAUACCCCCAUGACCGAUAAUGAUAUUAAGGAAAUCAAAGCUAUUGGUCGAGAAUUAGGGGAUAAGUUUUACACCAAAAAAGAAUUAAAAGAGUGGUGUUUUAUUGCUUAUCAGUCUCAGAAAAAGCCCAAAGUAAAUAAAUUUACUCAAACUGAGCUAAUAACUAAGGAGGACAAGGAAAGUCAAACCGAAUUAGAUAGUGAAGAGGAAGCAACUGAUUCAAGUUGGGAAGAAGAGGUUGAGUCAAGUCCGGAAGAACAAACUAUUCACCAACUCUUAAAAGAUAAUAACAUAAAAACUAAUAGUGCCGAAGCGAGGAAGGCUUUUCAGCACAAGUUAGAGCAAGCAAUUAAAGAACUAACCCAAAAAAAGGCUGAAAUAGCAGAUUUUUUUGAUAAGUUUUUAGGAAGGAAUAGGAAACAGAAAGAAGAGGGCAAAAGUGAAUCAGAACUCAGUCUAUCUAAACUUAAUACUGACCUAGACGAGAGACUAAAAAAAUAUAAAAAAGAACCCGAGAGAGAGAGUAAACCGAGGACUUUACAAGAAUUAUUGGAUAAAGAACGCUCUAAUAAGAAAUACUUAAAAAAAAUCAUCUUUAACCAAGAAAAUUCCGAAAAAGAACUUGACGGGGGAGAAUUAACUAUCCAAGAUUAUCCCAAUUUAGAAGUAGUAACAAUUGAUGGAGAAUGUUUAAAAUCUAAGCUGACUAAAUUAGAGAUUAAAAAUUGUCCUAAUUUGGCUUGUCUUAAAUCCUACAAUAAUAAUUUAACUAGUUUAGAUGUAAGUGAAUGUAUUAAUUUAAAAACACUCGCUCUCUUUUUUAAUCAAAUAACUUCCUUGGACGUCAGUAAUAAUCCAAAAUUAACUGAUUUAUUCUGUGACGCUGAAUUAUCUACUGAAAACAAAAUAGUUGGUUUAGAAAAGACUUCUAUAAUUAGAAAAUAUAACACGACCUUUCCCGAAAUGAAAUUACUAGAUAUUAGUGAUUUAAAUAUUUUGGCUCAGCAAGUAAAUAAAGAAACAGUCAAUAAUGAAGAGUUUUUGAAACAACUUUGUAAUGAAAAAGCCUUGAAAGGUAAGGAUGAAGAAUACGAGAAAAACUUAGAGGAAUUAGCCAAAUCUUUACACUGUAUGUCAAUGAACCCUAAAAACCCUGUCGCUUCUAUUUAUCAAAACAGGGAAAAGUUAGUCCAGCAAGCCCUCACUGGUGAUAAAACUCUCUUAGCCAAAAUAGCUGAUUUACCUUAUAUUUCCGA